UAGGAAGAAGGAGAGUAAUUCAACUGUUGGGAAGCUAUAUGUAGGCUGGUCGUUUAUGAAAGCUUGCAGAGAGAGAGAGAGAGGGAUUAGUCCCUGGGGUCCUAGAUUCAUCACUCGCGUUAAUUAAGUUCAUACAUGAGAAUACAAGUCGAUAGCACUUAUCAGAAGUACUUUUUCUUGAGAGAGAGAGAGAGAUUAAGAGAGAGAGAGAGAGAGAGAGAGAGAUUAGUCCCCAGGGUUCUAGUCUUCUAGAUUCAUAAACGGAAAAGGCCUUCACUGAUGUUAAUUAAGUUCAUCCAUGAGAAUACAAGUCGUCGAUAGCACUUAUCGAAAGUACUUUUUCUUGUUAUGUUUCAGCUGAAGGAGGAGCUUGAGAAAUUGGGACCCAGAAAAGGUGUCAUCACCCAGUCUGUCAAAGAUGUUGUUCAAAGCUUGGUUGAUGAUGACCUAGUCUCCAAGGACAAGAUUGGAACUUCUGUAUAUUUCUGGAGUCUUCCUAGCUGUGCCGGAAACCAGCCGCGAAAUGUGUACCGGAAACUUGAAUCUGAUGUCCAAAGUAGCAAGAGGCGGCUCACGGAGCUAGCUGAUCAGUGCAAUGCAUUAAAGAAGGGUAGGGAGGAAUCUGAUGAACGAGAGGAGGCUUUAAGCAACCUUAAAAAAGUAGAGAAACACAAUGAGUUGAAGAGAAUGCAAUAUUGGUUGCCCGUGCAGCAGCCAAUAUGGACAGGCGUUACCCCUGACAGAUUCUGCUCUACAAUAGUUUCACACUGAGACAGUGGUGCUCAAAGAAUUUCCCAGAAGCACGGACAUAGCCUCGUCUAAAAGCAUCAUAGGAGGUCGACCAACACCCAAAUCCUGACAUCUGCGGUUUAUUUGGCGGACAACACUAUAAAUAGCAGCAUCAAAACCAUUACCGAAUGUGACAGGUUUUAUUCCGAGCAACAUUUUCUGCUCACCCGAUAAAUUAGUCCAGUAAAAAUAUAGUUACAAAGGCAUGAGUAAGUUCACUCUUAAAGCAAGGUGGGAGCUGCUCCUUUGAAGUAGCUGUUUUAGCUCUAGCUGAUCUUCCUAGUUUCUUUGACUGAGGUUCUGAUGCUGAAAUGUAGCUGCAGGUGGGAAUUACUGAUGAUUUGGACUACUUGGAGAUGUCGACACUGGGAAAUUAGAUACCACAGAGUCAAAUGGCAUAUAAAUCAGGAGUCGCAUCCAAUUUCUUUCGGAUUCCAAUGGAAAUCUAUGAAACUGACAGAGCACAUCGUGCAAGUAUGUUGUUGCCUUUAGCCUGAUGCUUGAUCCAAGCCUCUCCUACGGCUCGUAAUGAAGGUCAGCUGACCCUCUCUGAAUGUGCAAGCUGAAUCUGCUCUUAUGCUUGAUGAGUCAGGAGCGAUGUCUAAUUUGAUUAUACAAUUAAAUGGAAGCAUAGUUUGACAGUA